AUGCCGGGAGUCACCUCUGACCCCGCCGCCCAGCGGGCAGCGCGCGGGAUUCCGCCAAUCGCAGCGCGCCGCUCGGGCCCGCUCCCGCCCCUUCCGGCCGCGCAGGCGCGGUGGCUGAGGGGAGGGCGGUGGGGCCGGUGGCCGCUCCGCCCGCCCGGUGGCCACGGGCGCAUCAUGAGGGCGGCGCGGCUCCUCCUCCUCCCCCAGCUGGGGCCGCUCGCCUCGUGGUGCCGCUGGGCAGCCCCCGAGCGGGCAGGGAAGGCCCCGAGCAGGCAGGGGCCGCCGCCGGCCCGAAGGCCGUUCAGCGCCUCACAGGCCUUCUGCAGGCUGCCCGGUGGCCACCCGAGAGAGACAGAUGCGGGCAGCUGCGCUGAAGCUGUUGGGGAGGAGAAGGAGGAGGAGGAUGACGACGAAGGCGUGGAGUUCGGGACGCUGUCUAAUAAAUUCUCUUCUAGAAAAUAUUAUCACAAAACCACAUCGCGCUUUCAGAAUUUAAAGCUUCAAGAAGAGGGAGAGGAAGAUCUGGAAAGAAAACCUCGACGCGGCCCUAGGAACACUCCGUACUGGUACUUCUUAAAAUGCAAGGCCCUCAUCAAAGAUGACAAGCUGGCAGAGGCUCUGGAGCUGUUUGAGGUGCAGAUGCUGAAGGAAGAGCGUGUGCAGCCAGAAGAAAGCAAUUACACUGUUCUAAUUGGUGGCUGUGGCAGGGUUGGCUAUGUGAAAAAGGCGUUCAGGCUCUACAAUGAUAUGAAAAAGCGAGGCUUAACUCCCACUGAGGCCACUUACACAGCCCUGUUCAAUGCCUGUGCCGAAUCGCCGUGGAAAGACUCAGGCCUGCAGAGCGCUCUCAAACUACGUCAGCAGCUAAAGAGCAAAAGUGAAGAGCUGAACCUGAUCACUUACCAUGCACUGCUGAAAGUCUGUGCCCUGUGCUCAGAUCUCAGGAUGUGCUUUGAUGUACUGAAGGAAAUCGUGCACAAGGGCCAUGUUCUCACAGCCGAGACCUUCAGCUUCAUUCUCAUGAGCUGCAUAAAGGACAGCGAAAAUGGCUUCCGAUACGCCUUACAGGUUUGGAAACAAAUGACUAAACUUGGAAUAAAGGCCGACAGCCACAUUUACAAUUUGAUGCUGCGUGCUGCCAGAGACUGUGGAAUAGGUGAUCCGGUCGUGGCUUCUGAACUCCUGCUCAGACCCAGCAAUGAGAACUCAUCUCAGCUAAGGCUUGCACCAGGGAGGCAGAAGGAAAAGGUGAAAAAUCAGAAGAAGAAGGAAUUGGAGGGUGUGGCUGCUGUCCAGCUGGAUGUGGAAGCUUUGGAAAAGCAAUUCUUUCAGGAGAGUUCAGUGAAGCCUGAAGAACUGAUCCAGCUACCAAAUAAAGAUGCAGUUCGGGCUGAAACAGAACCAGCUGCUCUUGACAGCCCCAGUGUAGCUCACAGCAGGACUGGAGCAUUGAUGACGAGAGGCCAGAACAAUAUGGAGCCCGAACGAGCACACCUAAGCCAGAAGCAGCAUUUCUGCAACCUGCCCAACUUGCUGGAUUCCAGGAUGCCUGGCACAGCUGUAGUUUCCCUGGGGACAGUGGCCACACCGUCUGAUCGACUAGCUUUAAUGGGGGAUGUGGAGGGCUUCUUGAAUAAAAUGAAAGAGGACAAUGCAGAACCCAACAUUAAAACGUUUACAUUACUGGCCGAGCUGGUGGAACCCCAAAGCCCCUCAGAAUCCUCUUUGCUGGCACUCCUAGAUGAUCAUAAAGUGAAAGUAGAUGUGACCUUCUUUAACACUUUAAUAAGGAAGAAAAGUAAACAGGGAGACCUGGAAGGAGCAAAGAGCAUGCUGCCAGCUCUAGUGAAGAGGGGACUGUCACCUAACCUCCAGACUUUUUGUAGCCUGGCAAUCGCUUGCCACCGAGAGAAGGAUGGACUGCAGUUACUCUCAGAUUUGAAGGUAAUAAGCUCUGCUGCUUAGGGUUCGAGCUGCCGGAAGAGGCAAAGUGAAGCGUUAAUGCAUAUAAAAAGACCUGCCAAGGUUUCUGUGGUGAGUGAUUGUAUUCUAACUCCAAAAACAUGCAACUCUAGAGGUGCCAGCUUAGGUGGGCUGUCCUAGACGUGCACUGGGAAGAGAGGGCUCAUGGGAAGGGGUGUGCUGACGCUGGAGAGGCUGCUACGCUGGAGCGAGAGCCUUGCUCCUUGUGUAGAAAGUACCCAUGUGCCUUUUCCUUCGAAUAGUCCUGCGCUAAUCAGCAGAUAAACAUGUCUAACUGCAGCGUUUGUUG